AUGGUCUACUGGGGAGAGGCCAGAGAGGGGAGUGGUCAUAUAGGUGUGGACCUUUCUACGGUAAAGCCACGUUUUAUGAAAGUAUCACGUCAGACCUCUAGUAUUACACCGAUUAAAGUGUACGUGCCUAAACAGACCGAGUUUAUCGAUUUGAUGAAAAGUUUUGUGGAAUUAGAUUUGGUGUUUAAAACCACAGACGAUGGCAAUCUCACGUCCAGAGCGGAUAACAACGGUCACAUCUUAUGGCCCGUCACUAACAUAGCACACUCUCUGUUUAAUCAAGUGAAUGUGAAACUCAAUGGAACUCUCAUCACUGAGCAAGUGGACAUGUAUCACCUGAAAGCCUACAUUCAAACCCUCUUGAAUUUCGAUCGCGCAGAUGGCGAAGCCAUCUUAGGACCAGCGGGGUGGAGAAACAAUAUCGACACACCCGAGACGUAUACGGCCAACAGUGUGACUACUGGAAACGGAGCCAAUGAUGCGUUAUCCGCCAAUCAUAAAGCGAGUAUCAAAACACAGAAAGCAGAUGCCCGAUCCUAUCAUGUGGGAGGAAAACACAGAGUGCUGAGAAUGUAUCCCUCAAAUCCUUCGGUGUAUGACAACGCCAUGAGCCUCAUCACCAAGACCCCAGCUAAAUAUCUCAUCAUUCGUACAGAAAUGCGACAGUUCCCACUCGAUAAUGGGGCUGCGUCAAAAGAAAUCAUCAAUUCGUUUAACGGGAAAAUACCACAGAGAAUCGUGAUGGGAAUUCUCGCCACGACAGUCUUUAAUGGACAAUAUGAUAAAGAUCCUUUUGUCUUUGGGAAAUUUGGAGUGGAGUGGGUCAAACAGAUUUGGAAUGGGAAAGAAUACCCAUACGAGACGAUGCAAUUGAACACAAGGAACGGGUACAGAGAUAUGAUGGGGUAUCAUAGGUUUUUGGAAGCGACGGGAUGUCUGUAUAGAAAGGGUGGAAACAUGAUUUGA